GGCGGGCCCGGCGGCCGCCCCCGCGCCGCGCCUGGCGGCCCGAUGUGGCUGCAGCAGCGGCUUAAGGGGCUGCCGGGACUCCUAUCGAGCAGCUGGGCCCGCCGCCUACUCUGCCUGCUCGGCCUCUUGCUGCUGCUUCUGUGGUUCGCCGGCUCCGGGGCGCGGCGGGCCGCGGGCGGCCUGCACCUGCUGCCCUGGGCCCGCGGCGAGCCGGGCGCCGCCGAGCCCUCUGCCUGCCUGGAGGGGGCCACCCGCGCCUGGCGCGGCCUGCGGGAGCGCGGCGAGGCUGUCCCGCUGGGCCCUGGAGUGCCGGCCCUGGUGGCCAACGGCUUCCUGGCACUGGACGUGGCCGCCAACCGGCUGUGGGUGACUCCUGGAGAACGAGAGCCCGCCGUGGCGCCGGACUUCGUGCCCUUCGUGCAGCUACGCCCGCUCAGUGCCCUCUCCGAAGCGGGAGAGUCGGUGCUGCUGCUGCGUGAGGGGCUGCUGCGCCGAGUGCGUUGCCUGCAGCUGGGGACCUCGGGCCCCGGCCCUGCGGCCGCCGUCCCCGGGCCCGCCUCGGCCUCCGGCCUGGUCACAGGAUCCGGCCGCGACUGCGUGCUGCUGCAAGAGGACUUUCUGGCGCACCGGGGCCGACCCCACGUCUAUCUGCAGCGUAUCCAGCUCAACAAUCCCACGGAGCGGGUGGCCGCCCUGCAGACUGUGGGGCCCACUGCCGGCCCGGCCCCCAGAGCCUUCACCAGUACCCUGGAGAAGGUGGGAGACCAUCAGUUCCUCCUCUACUCAGGCCGGUCCCCGCCUUUUCCCACGGGGCUGGUGCACCUGGUGGUGGUGGCCGCCAAGAAGCUAGUGAACCGGCUCCAAGUGGCUCCCAAGACACAGCUGGACGAGACAGUGUUGUGGGUGGUGCAUGUUUCAGGCCCCAUUAGCCCCCAGGUGCUCAAAAGCAAAGCAGCCAAGGAGUUCAAGGUGCUCCAGGAUUUGGCCCGAAAGGAAAUGCUGGAGCUCUUGGAGAUGCCAGCGGCUGAGCUACUUCAGGACCACCAGCGCCUCUGGGCUCAGCUCUUCAGCCCAGGCGUGGAAAUGAAGAAGAUCACGGACGCCCACACCCCGUCGGGCCUGACCGUGAACCUGACGCUGUACUACAUGCUCUCCUGUUCACCAGCCCCCCUGCUCAGCCCCAGCCUGAGCCACCGGGAGCGCGACCAGAUGGAGUCGACACUCAACUACGAAGACCACUGCUUCAGCGGCCACGCCACCAUGCACGCUGAGAACCUCUGGCCGGGCCGCCUGGCCUCCGUCCAGCAGACCCUGCAGCUCUCCAACCUGUGGAGGCUGACCUUGCAGAAGCGCGGCUGCAAGGGGCUGGUGAGGGUCGGCGCCCCAGGCAUCCUGCAGGGCAUGGUGCUCAGCUUCGGGGGGCUGCAGUUCACCGAGAACCACCUCCAGUUCCAGGCCGACCCCGACGUGCUGCACAACAGCUACGCCCUGCACGGCAUCCGUUACAAGAACGACCACAUCAACCUGGCUGUGCUCGCAGACGCCGAGGGCAAGCCGUACCUGCAUGUGUCCGUGGAGUCGCGCGGCCAGCCCGUCAAGAUCUACGCGUGCGAGGCGGGCUGCCUGGAGGAGCCUGUGGAGCUGACCUCGGCGCCCCAGGGCCACACCUUCCCGGUCAUGGUGACGCAGCCCAUCACGCCGCUGCUCUACAUCUCCACCGACCUCACACACCUGCAGGACCUGCGCCACACGCUGCACCUCAAGGCCAUUCUGGCCCACGAUGAGCACAUGGCCCAGCAGGACCCUGGGCUGCCCUUCCUCUUCUGGUUCAGCGUGGCCUCCCUCAUCACCCUCUUCCACCUCUUCCUCUUCAAGCUCAUCUACAACGAGUACUGUGGGCCUGGGGCCAAGCCCUUCUUCAGGAGUAAGGAAGAUCCCAGUGUCUGAGCGCACCAACAGCCCUGCUUUCAGCCCCGUCUGCACAAGACACCCAGCGCUGACAGUCCUGCUGCACGAACAAGGGAGCCUUUGAAAGCACCCACCCUUUUGUGCCUUGUUGGGGACACCAGUGACGCAGAGCGCAUGUGGAUGUUCAGGAGUCGGCAUCAGGGAGCGGGAGGGGAGGGCCAGUGGACUCUUUGUAAGCUUUCGACUCAAUAAAAUAAAGUGAACCUAGAUGGAAAAUACUUGAAAUUGAA